AUGUCGUCGGGCCACCCCGAGAGCGGCGGCGGCGCAGGGCCACCGCCACCGCCGCCCACGGCGUUCAAGAGCCCGUCCACGGACGGCAAGAGCGGCAGCCGCCGGAGCACGCGGUUCAAGGACGAGGACGAGUACGUCGAGGUCACGCUCGACGUCCGCGACGACGGCGGCGGCGACGUCGCCGUCCGCGCCAUCAAGGACGUCGUCCUUGGCGGCGGCGGCGGUGUCGUCUUGGGCGACGCGCAGGACGCCGCCGCGCUCCUGGACCACCCACCCACCUCAUCGGCCUCCGGGAGCCUGUCGUCCAAGCUCAGGGCCGGGCGGGCGCACCUCGGCCGCAUCGCGUCGGGGAAACGCGCCGCGGUGCCGCUCUCGGCGCUGCUCCGCCGCGACCCCGACCGCCCCAAGUCGCUGGACAGGAGCGUCGUCACCGGCGCCGCCAGCGCGCUCAGGGACCUCCAGUUCCUCAACCAGGCCGCCGUCACGGAGGGAUGGACCGAGGUGGAGAAGCGAUUCCACCGCCUCGCCGUCGACGGCUUCCUGCUCCGCUCACGCUUCGGCCAGUGCAUCGGGAUGGUUGGAUCCGAGGAGUUUGCAGCACAGAUCUUUGACGCCCUUGCACGGCGAAGGGGGAUCACAGCCAUGAUACUCACCAAGGAUCAGGUCCGGGAGUUCUGGGAGCAGCUCUCUGAUCCAGGAUUCGAUGCCAAGCUUCAGACCUUCUUUGACAUGGUUGACAAGAAUGCCGAUGGCCAGAUCACUGAAGAGGAGCUCAAAGAGGUCCUCACUCUGACCGCCUCUGCCAACAAGCUGUCCAAGAUCCUGGAGCGCGUCGACGAGUACACCGCACUGAUCAUGGAGGAGCUCGAUCCCGACAACCUCGGCUACAUCGAGAUCGCCAACCUGGAGUCGCUGCUGCUGCAGCCGGCGUCGCAGGCGCCGACGACGACGCUGGUGACGCACAGCUCCAACAUCAGCCAGCUGAUCAGCCAGAGGCUGGCGCCGGCGCGCGACGACAGCGCGCUCCGGCGCGCCGCCAGGGGCGUCCUCUACUUCCUGGAGGACAACUGGAAGCGCAUGUGGGUGAUGACGCUGUGGCUGGCCAUCAACGCGGCGCUCUUCGCCUGGAAGUUCGCCGCGUACCGUCGCCACCCGACGUUCGGCGUGAUGGGCUACUGCGUCUGCGUCGCCAAGGGCGGCGCCGAGACCACCAAGUUCAACAUGGCGCUCAUCCUGCUCCCGGUCUGCCGGAACACCAUCACCUGGCUCCGGUCCCGGACCAGGCUCGGUGCCGCCGUCCCGUUCAACGACAACAUCAACUUCCACAAGGUGGUCGCGGGGGGCGUGGCCGUCGGCGUCGCGCUGCACGCCGUGACGCACCUCACGUGCGACUUCCCAAGGCUGCUGCACGCCAGCGCCGCCGCGUACGAGCCCAUGAAGGCCUACUUCGGCCAGCGCCGGAUCCCGGACUACUGGUGGUUCGUGAAGGGCGUCGAGGGCGUCACGGGCGUCAUCAUGGUCGUGCUCAUGGCCAUAGCCUACACGCUGGCGCACCCGUGGUUCCGCCGGGGAAAGCUCAGCGAGGGCAACCCGUUGCGCCGGCUCAGCGGCUUCAACAUGUUCUGGUACUCGCACCACCUCUUCGUCAUCGUCUACGUCGCCUUCGUCGUCCACGGCGUCUGCCUCUACAUCAACCGGACGUGGUACAAGCAGACGACAUGGAUGUACCUCGCCAUCCCCAUCCUGCUCUACGCCGGCGAGCGGCUUCUCCGGGCGCUGAGGUCCCAUGGCCUCACCACCGUGAGGAUCGAGAAGGUCGCCCUGUACCCCGGAAAUGUCAUCGCCAUUCACAUGAGCAAGCCGCACGGGUUCAGCUACAAGAGCGGGCAGUACAUCUACGUCAACUGCGGCGAGGUCUCGCCGUUCGAGUGGCACCCGUUCACCAUCACCUCGGCGCCUGGCGACGACUACCUGAGCAUGCACAUCAGGUGCCGCGGCGACUGGACGGCCAGCUUCAGGGCGCUGUUCGCGCAGGUCUGCCGGCCGCCCGCCGCCGGGCAGAGCGGCCUCCUGCGGGCCGACUUCGCGUCCUCCACGGCGGCGGCGUCCGGCAAGCUCCCGAAGCUGCUGAUCGACGGGCCCUACGGCGCGCCCGCGCAGGACUACCGCAAGUACGACGUGCUCCUCCUGAUCGGUCUCGGCAUCGGUGCCACCCCGCUCAUCAGCAUCGUCAAGGACGUGCUCAACAACAUCUCCGCCGCCAACGCCGACGAAGAGCAGCCGGCAUCGUCGUCGCCAGCGGCUGAGUUCAUGACGCGGCGCGUGUACUUCUACUGGUGCACGCGGGAGGAGGGGUCCUUCGAGUGGUUCCGCGGCGUGAUGAACGAGGUGGCGGAGCGCGACGCCCGCGGCGACGUGGUGGAGCUGCACAACCACUGCACCAGCGUGUACGAGGAAGGGGACGCGCGGUCGGCGCUGCUGGUGAUGCUGCAGGCGCUGCACCACGCCAAGAGCGGCGUCGACGUGGUGUCCGGGACCCGCGUGCGCACGCACUUCGCGCGGCCCAACUGGCGGGACGUCUUCAAGCGGGUGGCCUGCAACCACCAGGGCCAGCGCGUCGGCGUCUUCUACUGCGGCGACCAGAAGGUCACGCCGGAGCUCCGGCGGCUGUCGCAGGACUUCUCGCACAAGACCACCACCAAGUUCGUCUUCCACAAGGAGAACUUCUGA